UGGGGGGGCUCGGGGGGGGGGGGGGGCGGAGCCGCCGCUCGUUCCCAGCCGGGCCGGCCCCGGGCAUGGCUUCCCGGGAGCGGCUGUGCGAGCUCUGGAUGCUCUACUUCGCCAAGAAGGACCUGUCCUACCUGCAGCAGUGGCUGGAGGCCUUCGUCACCAGCUUCGAGAGGGUCAUCGCCCUGCCCUCGCUGGAGCCCCGCAGGCCGGAGGAUCCGGGCUCGGAGAUCCCGGCGCUGCCGCGGGAGGUGCUGCAGGUGCUGAGCCAGAGGCUGGGACACAGCGUGGCCCUGGGGACACGGGACGGGGACAGGGGGACGGGGCUGGGCCAGGCCCUGCUGCUCCUCAAGUUCUUCAGCAUCAUCUGCAGGAACCUGGAGAACAUCCAGCCCGACAGGACCCCCGGCUGCCUCCCGCACGUGCUGCGGCUGCUGCGGCUCUGCGGGAACCAGCUGCGGAGCAUCCCGAGGGACGAGCAGGGCCGGACACAGCUGGGAAAUGGGACACAGCUGGAGAAGGGAACACAGCUGGGAAAUGGGACACAGCUGGGAAAUGGAACACAGCUGGAGAAGGGAACACAGCUGGGAAAUGGGACACAGCUGGGAAAUGGGACACAGCUGGAGAAGGGAACACAGCUGGAGAAGGGAACACAGCUGGGAAAUGGGACCCAGCUGGGAAAUGGGACACAGCUGGAGAAGGGAACACAGCUGGGAAAUGGGACACAGCUGGGAAAUGGAACACAGCUGGAGAAGGGAACACAGCUGGGAAAUGGGACCCAGCUGGAAAGUGGGACACAGCUGGAGAGCCGGGAGAAUGGGACACAUCUGGAGAAGGGGACACGGCCAGAAAACGGGACACAGCUGGAGAACAGGACACAGCUGGAGAACGGGAUGCUGCACGCCCUGCACCUCUGCGAGUGCUUCCUCGACCCCUACCAGACCUGGCGGCGGCAGCUGAGCGGGGAAUCCAUCAGCGCCAAGGAGAAGAGCAAAUACAAGUUCGCCCCCGCCCCGCUGCCCCCCGAGUUCGGUGCCUUUUUCCAAGAGAGUUUCCAAGCUGGGAAGCAGCUCCCAGAAACGAUCCAGCUCAGGAUUAUCCAUCUUUUUGGAGCCAUCCUCUCUGGAUCCAAGCCCAACGCGCUCCAGGCCAUCACGCCGGCGGCGCUGGAGGUGCUGCUGGGGGUGCUGCAGCGGGGCGGCAGCGGGGCCCCGCCGUGCCCCGCGCUGCUGCAGGCCACGCUGCGCUCCGUGGUGGCCGCCGUCCACGUCCUGCACGGCUCCAGCCCCGGCGCCGGCCCCGUGUCCCUGCGCUGCCUCCUGGACGGCUAUUUCAGGGUGCUCAACUCCGACCUGCCCGCGGCGUCGCUGGCGCCCGAGGCGGCCGGCGGCCUCAUCGCCCUGCGGGUGCUCAUGCUGGACGCCAUCCCGGCCAUGCUGAGCUGCCAGGACCGGCCGGUGCUCCAGGCCGUGUUCCUCAGCAACAACUGCUUCGAGCACAUCAUCCGCCUGCUCCAGAACAGCAAGCUCUACCUCGGCAGCUCGCGGGAGGCGGGUGAAGCCCGGGACGAGGUUCCCACACGGAACGGGGAUGGACUGCAGCAGGUCAGUGCCAGCAGCUCCGAUGCCAUCGCUGUCCACGCCCUCGGCGUGCUCACGGCCAUCAUGAGCAACUCACCCUCAGCCAAGGAGGUGUUCAAGGAGCGCAUUGGUUACACCCACCUCUACGAGGUGCUGAGGAGCCAGGGCCAGCCCACCCAGCGUCUGCUCCAGGAGCUCCUCAACAUGGCAGUGGAGGGUGACCACAGCUCCUUCCCAGUGCGUGCCAUCCGCAACGAGCAGCCCCUGCUGAUCCUGCUGGCGUGGCUGCCGGCGCUGCCCUGCCGGGAUCUCCAGGUGUUCCUGUCGGCGUGGCUGCGGCGCCUCUGCGAGGCCUCCCUGCCCAGCCGCCUCACCUGCGUCAAGGCCGGCAUGGUGGGCUCCCUGCUGGGCGCCCUGGCCACCGAGCCAGCGCUUCCCAGCGCCUGCUCCCAGAACCUGCUGGAGCUGCUGCGCUCCUUGGGCAGCCUGUCCAUCCGGCCCGGCGAGCUGCGGCAGCUGCUGCGGCUGCUGCGGCGCGAGCGCGGCCGGGCGCCGCAUCCCUACGUGGCUCCGGUCAUCCGGGCGCUGUCGGGCAUGGCCAGGGGCGAGGGCGCUGCCCGGGCACUGCAGAGCUUCGACCUGAGCCCGGGCAUGGCCGGCAUCAUGGUGCCCACCAUCCACAAGUGGCCGGGCGGCGCCUUCGCCUUCCACGCCUGGCUGUGCCUGAGCGAGGAGGAGCCGGAGCCGCCGGCCCGGCCCAAGAGGAGGCAGCUCUACAGCUUCUUCACGGCGGGCGGGACGGGCUUUGAGGCGUUCUUCACGGCGGGCGGCGUGCUGGUGGUGGCCGUGUGCACCAAGAAGGACUACAUGACAGUGGCACUGCCAGAGUUUGCCUUCAAUGACUCUGCUUGGCACUGUGUUGACAUUGUCCACAUUGCCGGCCGCCGCCCCUUCGGCCAGAACAUCGUCAGCAUCUACGCCGACGGACACCUGAGGAAAACAGCACAGCUCCGCUUCCCGUCCCUCCACGAGUCCUUCACCUCCUGCUGCAUCGGCUCCGCGGGUCACCGGACCACCACGACGGCCGCCAGCACUGCCAGCCACCCCCCGGCAUCCCACGGGCCAGAGCUGGUCUUCCCCCAGCACCCUGUGCUGGGACGCUCCCAGUCUGUCCCUGCCACCCUCAGUCCCCACUCCUGGACCCCCACCCAGCUGCCCACGGAGGGGGUGGUGGCCACCACGGCAGCUGGAAGCCAGGACACGGAGUGGGGCAGCCCCACCUCGCUGGAGGGUCACCUGGGCUCCGUGGCCAUCUUCUGUGAGGCUCUGCAGCAAGCCCAGGUCAAGGCUCUCUUCUGUGCAGGACCAAAUGUCACAUCCCCAUUCACGCUGGAAGGUGACUUGGUGGAGCUCAGCAGUAAACUCUUGCUGUACUACACCCCCCAGGCCUGCAGGAACAACAUCUGCUUGGACCUCUCUCCCAGCCACGGCUUGGACGGGAGGCUGACGGGACACAAGGUGGUCAACUGGGACAUCAAGGACGUGGUCAACUGUGUGGGUGGGAUGGGGGUGCUGCUGCCCCUGCUCGAGCAAGUGGUGUCCAAGACAGAGGAGCCCGAGGAGGAGCAGGAGACCAACGAGCUGGUGGGGCCGGAGCUGACGUCCUCCAGGAACGCCCAGGGCAUGCUCAUCCCACUGGGAAAGUCCUCAGAGAGCAGGCUGGAGAGGAACAGCGUGGCUGCUUUCCUGCUGCUGGUGAAGAACUUCCUGCGGAACCACGCGGUGAACCAGGAGAGCCUGGUGCAGUGCCACGGGCCGGCCAUCAUCGCCGCGCUGCUGCACAAGGUCCCUGGCACGCUGCUGGACAUGAGCACCCUGGUGGCCUCGCAGAUCCUGAUGGAGCAGGUGGCUUCUGAGGGCAGCGGGCUCCUGCUGCACCUCCUGUACCAGCACCUGCUCUUCGAUUUCCGCAUCUGGAGCAACAGCGACUUCGCCGUGCGCUUAGGUCACAUCCAGUACCUGGCCAGCGUGGUCAAGGACCACAAGCAGCGGAUCCGCAGGAAGUACGGGGUGCAGUUCAUCCUGGACUCCAUCCGCACCUACUACGGCACCUCCAGGGAGAAGACCACGACCACUGACAACAUCAGGACAGUGCAGACGUCCCUCUUCAGCCUGGUGAAGGAUUUCUUCUGCAGGAGCUUCUCUGGGGAGGAGAUGCAGAGCUUGCUGAACUACCUGGCUGGGGCACAGGAUGAGCAGCAGGUGUGUGGGGCACUGGAGGUGAUCCACAGCCUGCUGAAGGGCUCCCCAGCCCAGGAGCAGCUCUUUGCCUUCCUCUUCGAGCCGGGCCACGUGGAGCUGCUCUUCUCCCUGCUGGUGCAGAAGAAGUUCUCGGAUGAAGUGCGGGAAAGGGUCUUCAAGAUCCUCUACAAGAUGCUGAAGUACGAGAAGGUGCCUGAGCGCAGCAAGAGCCGCCUGAAGCUGAAGGACAUCGGGUACCAGGGGCUCAUCUCCUACCUCAGCGACGUUCCCGGCUCCAUGCUGCUCUUCCGCUGCCUCUCGGAGCAGGUGCUGGGAGCAGACCCUCCCAACUACAAGGACCUGGUGGCCGUGGUGUACCUGUCCCACCGGGCUGAGCUGAGCAUCCGGCUCGACAUCUGCCGCAAGCUCUUCCACCUGAUCUAUGCUCAGCAGGACCUGGUGAAGCAGCUGGCCAGGUUGGCUGGCUGGCAGGACACGCUCACCAAGCUCUACGUGAAGGAAUCCUUCGAGUGCCGCCAGCACAGCCUGAGCACCUCGGGCUGCCCGGAGCUGCUGCGCCUGUCCGAGCCCCAGGGCAGGGACAGGCUGAGCCCUCCCCCCGCAGAGCUCCAGGAGCUCGAUGUCUUCCUCCCUCUGGGGUACGAGGCCUCGGACCAGGAGCUCUCCGAGGGCUUCUCCGACCACUCCAUCUCCCCCAGCGGCCGCACCAAGUCCUUCCACUCCUACAACUUCAAGUCCUUCGACUCCUCGGACCGCGCCAGCCGCUCGUCCUCCAACCCCGGGGACGGCCCCCCCUUCGACGGCGUCUACCACCCGCUGUCCCCCUUCUCCACAUCUCCCUUCGACCUGGGGCUGGACCUGGCCAGCACCAGCUCCAUGGCCACGGCCGAGAGCGGCACCCAGACCCCGGCCAGCGGCCCCGGCACCCCCUCGCCCCUGGAGAGCUUCAAGCCCUUCCCGGGAAUGCGAGCGCGCAAGAGCUCCAGCCUGUCCAACGUGCUGGACGAGAGCAGCUACCAGGACGUGCUGCCCAGCGACAACAUCUCCAACACCAGCAACCCCCAGGUGAGCCCCACGCCCUCAUCUGUGAGGUUCUCAGACCUCCAGUGCUCCAG